GAGUGUAUUAAGUCUGAGCUGAUGCCACUUCAAACUUAUUGGAGGUGGGGGAGGGGAGGAAUCUUGAGUUGGGACCCACGUUAAGCUACGAGCGGCCCUGCUGGUGUAAAUAUUUCCGUGCAAAAAGGGGCUGGACGACCCCGCUGAGCUCCAGCGGUGCAGCCACAAAAUGUCGAGGCUCUGUGCGCCUGUUUCACCGUGUUUGUGCCGGUGUGAUGCGGUGCAAUAAGGUGAACACAGGUUGCGUAAGAGUCUCGGAGCAUCAGUAGCCCUUCCGUCGAUCUGUCAGCCUGUCGUAGCCCCGAGAAGAGGCGGGAAUGGAGCGGGGCGACGGGGACGAGAGUGAGAGCGGCGCGUCCCAACAAAACACGAUGUGGAAACAGUUUCAAGCUCGAGCCAAGCCGCUGCUCAGCCCCAAACUGGGCUCCAGGGAGCCCGACGACAAGAAGGAGCGCGGCAUGUGGAUGUUCAGGAAGAUGAAGCGGAAGGAGAACGUCGCCCUGGACCGGGUGAUCUCCUCCUCGCAGCCCGACCUGCUCUUCUCCUCCCAGGUGGAGGCGAAGGAGGCUCAGCUCUGCGGCAAAGCGGCCGGGAGCGGCUCCGGAGUCGGCCGGGAGAGGCUGCAGGCGUCCGUCAAGCACAAGUCCGGCAGCCCGAACAAACCCACGGUAGCUCAGCUGGUGCAGUCCCACCACAAGAGCUCCUCUCUGGGCUCUGCGUGCCUGGAGAGACUUGCCGAGCCGCCCGGCAGCAGCAGCGGCAGCAGCGGCAACAGCGGCAGCGGGGGCGGCAACGACGCGGCAACAGCUGCAGCGGAGCCACAGCUGGAGCGCAAAGAUGAGGAUCCGGUGAGCUUCCAACAGGGGAUGGGAGCUUCUGAGCGAGCAGCCCCCAGCUCAGGGAUGUACAAGCUGGAGAUCGAGCUGAAGAGGGGACACAACCUGGCCGUCAGAGACAGAGGAGGCUCCAGUGAUCCCUAUGUGAAGUUCAAGAUGGGAGGGAAAGAGGUGUUCAGAAGCAAAAUCAUCCACAAAAACCUCAACCCUGUGUGGGACGAGAAGAUAACGUUAACAUUGGACAGUCUGAGUGAGCCGCUGUAUGUGAAGGUGUUUGACUACGACUUUGGCCUUCAGGACGACUUCAUGGGUUCUGCUUUUCUUUACCUGGAGUCUUUGGAGCAGCAGAGAACAAUACCUGUGACUCUGGUGCUGAAAGACCCUCAGUCUCCUGAUGAGGACCUGGGCAGCCUGGAGCUGGCCGUCACCCUGACGCCUAAAGACAGCCCCAUGGAGGAGCGACGAGACUCAACGACUAUGCUGCUCAGGAGGUCCUGGAAACGGUCCACUAAGAACCAGCAGUCAAUACGUCUCUCAGAGCUGCAUCGGAAGUCCCAGCUCUGGCGAGGGAUUGUCAGCAUUGCACUACUUGAGGGCCGAAACCUCAUCCCCAUGGACGACAACGGUCUGAGCGACCCGUACGUGAAGUUCAGACUGGGACCACAGAAGUACAAGAGCAAGACGGUGCCAAAAACCCUGAGUCCUCAGUGGAGAGAGCAGUUCGACCUGCAUCUGUAUGAAGAGACCGGAGGGGUGCUGGAGAUCACAGUGUGGGACAGAGACACCGGCAGGAGAGACGACUUCAUUGGACGCUGCCAGUUGGACCUCUCCACUCUGUCCAAGGAGCGGACUCAUCACUUGGAGCUGCCGCUGGAGGAGUCCCGGGGCUUCGUGGUGCUGCUGGUCACACUGACCGCCUCGGCUGCCGUCUCCAUCGCCGACCUGGCCGUGACGCCGCUGGACGACCCACAGGAGCGCAGGGAGAUACUGAAGCGAUACGGCAUGUUGAAGUCACUCUCCAACUUCAAAGAUGUGGGCAUCGUACAGGUGAAGGUGAUGAGAGCAGAAGGACUCAUGGCUGCAGAUGUAAACGGUAAAAGCGACCCUUUCUGUGUGCUGGAACUGAAUAACGACAGACUGCAGACACAUACUGUUUACAAGAACCUCAAUCCAGAGUGGAACAAAGUCUUCACCUUUAAUGUGAAGGACAUCAACUCAGUGCUGGAGGUGACGGUGAUGGAUGAAGACAGAGACAGAAGCGCAGACUUUCUGGGAAAAGCGGUCAUUCCUUUAUUAAGUAUCCGUAAUGGUGAGCAGAAGGGCUACGUGCUGAAGAACAAGGAGCUGACGGGCCCGACCAAAGGAGCCAUCUACCUGGAGAUCGACGUCAUCUACAACACUGUUAAAGCUGCUUUGAGGACUGUGGUCCCCGCAGAGCAGAAAUACAUAGAGGAAGAACCAAAAGUCUCCAAGCAGUUGCUCCAGCAGAACUUUAACCGGGUGAAGCGGUGCAUCAUGGUCCUGAUCAGCUAUGGGACAUACAUCAACAGCUGCUUUGAAUGGGAGUCUGCACAGCGAAGCACCAUCUCUUUGGUGCUGUUUGUGGUGGUGGUGUGGAACUUCGAGCUCUAUAUGCUGCCUCUGGGCCUGCUGCUGCUGCUGGUCUGGAACUACUUCUUCUCCUCCAGCAGGGACAUGACUGACAUGUCCAUGGAGGCCAUGUUUGAAUGGGAAGAUGAAGACGAGGAUAAGGAAGACAAGGACUCAGAGCACAAGGGCUUCAUGGAUAAACUGUACGCCAUCCAGGACGUGUUCAUCAGCGUGCAGAGCGCUCUGGAUGAUGUGGCGUCCUACGGAGAGAGGAUGAAGAACACCGCUAACUGGACAGUGCCUUUUCUAAGCUGGCUGGCGAUCACUGCCUUAUGUUUUGCCACAUUUCUGCUCUACCUCAUACCUCUACGAUACCUCGUGCUCGCAUGGGGUGUGAAUAAGUUUACCAAGAAGCUGCGAAAUCCGUAUGCGAUCGACAACAACGAGCUUCUUGACUUCCUAUCCAGGGUGCCCUCUGAUGUUCAAGUGAUGCAGUAUCGUGAGCUGAGGGUUGAUCCUGGACAAAGUCCCAACAAGCGCCGGAGGACCAACCUGAGCUAGCUGUAAACAUUUUACCUGUAAACAAAGUCAAAUACGUUAUUUAUAAAUUUCUUGUAUAUUCUCAUUAUUAUGAGAACUUGUUUUUGUUUUGUUACUGUGGGAAGAUUUAUUUUCUAAAUCUUGUAAAGGACACAAUGAAGCUCUUUGAGUUUUUUUUUUAAUCCUUUUUAUUUCUCCACACAAACUUAUAAUAUUAUUGAUAAUGAAUGUCACAAUCUGUCUGUACGUGUGUGUUAUAAAAAGUCUGCAUGUGAUGAAGGUGUGCUGCAUGGAACCGGUGCAUUUCCUUUUUUAUUAUUUCUUUUUUGUGCCGUGUUGAAGUGGAUGUGUUGUCAGUGUGUGAAGCUAUUUUAAAGAUAGAGCUGCAUGUUAUUGCUGCUGCUGUUAUUCCAUGUAAUCACAGUAUGAACACAUACUCAGUAAAUAAUGCCUCAUAUUUCAUAAACUCCACACUACCACGCUGCAUGUUCGAUUUAUGAACUGUUCCUUUAUGUUCUUAGUAGCAUCAGCUGGACUUCAGCCGGAAUAAAGUGUUGCUAUGGGGAUUUAGACCAAAGAAAAAGAGGUACUCGCACCCAGUUUUACAUGUAAAGUUUCGAUUUAUCCUGAAGAGAAAAGAGCAAACCUGGCACUGGGUCCCGAAUCCACAGAUAUGCGAAAUAAUUUUAUCAAUCAUAAAUUGUCUUCCUUCUCUUUUAGCAUGACUCUGUGUCAGAAUUUACUUUCAUGGCUGAAAUUAUCUAGGUUUAUAUAUUGCUCUUUUGUUUAAAUUUGUAUACAUGUAAAGUAACUAAUUCCCAUAAACAACUGAUUAUGCUUGUGUUAUUUUGUCACAUGUUUGGGACUGCAACUAUCAAUUAUUAGACCUGUAGUGUUGAGAACAACAUUUUUGAGGGUCUAAAGCUGCUUGAAAACUCAUGAAACUUUGCUUCAGAAGUGGUAAAAUGCUUUUUUUAAGUGUUUUUUUUUUUUCUUUUUGGGAUGUCCCAAUCCGAUGUUAAAGAUUGGGAUUAGAAAGCACCAAGGCAGUUUUUAACCAGUCAGUAUAGGCACAAACCUAAUCCUGAUCCUUUGUUUACAUCUGCUGUCACACCGGUGUUGUAAAGGAAGAGCACAGUUUGUGGCAGGAUGCAAAUUUAGAAUUAUUUUCUUAGUAAUCAGCAGCAUUUACAAUCAAUAAUGGAUUCACAGAUAACACACACUGAUCACAGUGGAUGUUUGUUCUGUGUGGACAAACGAGCUGCAAAUGUAGCUCCAUUACAAAAGUCACUGUGGUAUAACAACGCUGUCCUCAGUCUCAGUUUGUUUGAAACACAUGAUCUCUGACUUACUGUCAAACACAUACACUCCCAGUCAAAGGUUUGGACACACCUUCUCAUUUAUGGGGUUUUUCUUUAUUUUCAUGACUACUUACAUUGUAGAUUCUCACUGAAGGCAUCAAAACUAUGAAUGAACACGUAUGGAAUUAUGCAGUAAACAAAAAAGUAUGAAAUAAGUCAAAAGAUGUUUUGUACUUUAGAUUCUUCUAGAUGUGUUUGGGACAACAAACACAAGGAGUGGACAUUAGACCAGUGGAAAUCCGUGCUUUGGUCUGAUGAGUCCAAAUUUGAGAUCUUUGGUUCCACCUGCCGUGUCUUUACAGAAAAGGUGAACAGAUGAUCUCUACAUGUAUGGUUCCCACCAUGAAGCAUGGAGGAGGAGGUGUGAUGGUGUGGGGGUGCUUUGCUGGUGACACUGUUGGGGAUUUAUUCAAAUUUGGAGUCACAUUGAACCAGCAUGGCUACCACAGCAUCCUGCAGUGACAUGCCAUCACAUCUGGUUUGCAUUUACUUGGACCAUCAUUUAUUUUUCAACAGGACCCCAAACACACCUCCAUGCUGAGUAAGGACCAUCUGACCAAGAAGGAGAGUGAUGAAGUGCUGCAUCAGAUGACCUGGUCUCCACAGUCACCUGACCUAAAACCAUUUCAGGUGACGACUUCAUGAAGCUCAUGGAGAGAAUGCCACGAGUGUGCAAAGCAGUAAUCAAAGCAAAGGGUGGCUAUUCUGAAGAAUCUAAAAUAUAAAACAUGGUUUGACUUAUCUCACACUUUUUUGUUUACUACAUAAUUCCAUAUGUGUUCACUCACUGUUUUGAUGCCUUCAGUAGGAAUCUACAAUGCAAAUUGUUAUGAUAAUGAAGAAAAACCAUUAAAUAGGGUGUGUCCAAACCUUUGACUGGCAGUGUAUAUUGGAUUUAUUUUUAUUAACUUUUGAAGUGUGUAUUAGCAAUUAGAAUGGAGUCAGAUUGGGAGUGGGUUUUGGCAGAUGCUAAAUUUUAAAUGACUGAAUGGCUCAGGGGCAAAAACUUGAUCAGGACAUGUCUAGUUCUUUUAUGGCAUGACUGGGGCAAAUGGCUCAAUAAUCUCCACUACAAAACCUUAUAGUUUCAGCCUUCACAUGUGGUUUUAUGUACAAAAAAGCCUAUUGAUGCCAUGCCCCAGAAUGUCACAAUAGUUACUCCAGUUUGAAUUUGCUGUGGCAUUUUGGCACAUCUUUUGCAUUUAGAGCCCUUCUACAAGCUCCCCUUCGAGAGUGAAUCACAGCAGCUUCACAUUUGGUCGGUGUCGUUUCAAGACCUUUGAGAUGCAAAGUUACCACACUUAUGACUUGUUAUUGAUGCCGAAGCUGCAGGUUUCACUCUUGUACCAUGAAAGCAGAAGAUCUUCAGUCCGACUUAUGUUGCAGACAUCAUGUGAUUUAAGUUCAGUUUACGCGUAUGUGGGUGCAAUACACAAUGUGCAGCAAUAUAAUCCACUGCCAAGCAGUCCAAGCAGGGAAUAACAGCUUCAUUGUUUUUGUGUGUUUAAAAUCACAACACAUUGAAACAGGCCAAGGUUGAGCUACUUGCUUUGAUCAUAUAGUAAAGGAUUAUUUCGUAUUUUGUAUAGUAAAGUCAUUUGAUGCAGCAGUCAGAGAGUUAAUGACUGAAUGUUCACUCUAUAAAACAUCAUGAGACAGUGAAAAACAACAUUUCAGCAAAGGCAAGAUGCUUUAUUUGUCUGACCAGCAGUCAGAACUCCAAAAUGUUGCUUUUACUGUUGAAGAAAAUGUGUGCAUAUUGGGGUUGCCAGUUCAAUUUCUAAGAGUCCCCUGAUUAAUCAGCAAAUUAGCUCAGCUCUACACCAUAAAUGUAAAAAACAACAACACACAUUUUUCAUUGAUUGAGGUGCAAAAAAUACAGAAAAAUAAUGGAAAAUAUUCAUUUGCUGGAAUCAAAGUUGAGUCAGUUUUACUUGAGAUCAUUUGUGUUUUGGGCUUUUUAAUGUUUAAUGAAUCAUAUUUACAUGAUUAAAAACAAUGAAAUUACCUAUAAUAAUGACAAUAAAUGUAUAUGAUGACCGAUAGAUACAUGGAUAGAAGACAAGUUAUAUGAUAAAAGCUUUAUUUUGAGUACCACCGCUUCUGAAUAGUAUGCACUGAUGAAAACACUUUAAUCUAACCUUUUUGGUGUGAAAUCAUCAGAAUUACACUACCGUUCAAAAGUUUGGCAUCACCUUGACAAUUUCAUGUCAUCCAUGAAAACUCACUUUAUUCAUGUGCUAACUUAAUUGCACAAAAGGGUUUUCUCAUGAUCAGUUAGCCUUUCAACACAAUUAGCUAACACAAUGUAGCUGUUUCCAGCUAGAGUAGUCAUUUACCACAAAAACAAUAACUAGACUGUAUUUCUGAUUAAUGUUAUCUUUAAUGGAAAAGAUGCUUUUCUUUCAAAAAUAAGGACAUUUCUAAGUGACCCCAAACUUUUGAACGGUAGAGUGCACAAGAAAUCUCUAAACAAAUCUAGGAAUUAAACUGACAAUUUCAUCUAUUAAAUAGCAAGAAAAUAGUAAUAAUAUUAUGCAUUUGUGAAUAUAUUUUUACUACCUUGUCAUGUAAAAAAAAAUGCAUUUUAUGGUUUGAAGGUUAUGCAAAGUUUCAACUUUUAAUGUUAUUUUGGACAGUCUAAUUUUUUUUAAAAAAUAUUAUUGAUAUUUUUGUGCAUUUAAAACCUUUUUCUGUAAAAAGGGAACUUCUUCCAAUAAUAAUAACAAUAAUAUAAGCAGAAUGAGAUCUGGGAUUAUUGAAGGUUCUGUGAGCAUAAUGGGCUCUUGGUCGUGUUCCUCGAGUCAUUCCUGAGCAGUUUUUGCUCAGGUGUUGUGCUGAUGUCAUGAAUAGCAGGAGACAAGGAUUCUCAGCAGAGCACUGCUUCGUUUAUUAAUGAUUGAUAUUAUUUACUCCACUUGUCAGUGGUUUUUAGUGUUGUAGUUGAUUGGUAUAAAGCCAUAAGAUAAGAAUGAAUUUUAAGAAGGAGAUACAGAAAUAAUGACUGGUGACUGUCACGUGGAGAGGAGGUGUGACAGUUCACUGAUUUUAAGCAUUUAGCUCUAAUUCAUCGAUGGAUGUGUGUUUACUGACAAAUGUGCCUCUCUGUGGUGUGCUUGGGAAGCUCGAGAGAUUACUAGGAGUAUGGAUGUAAGAGUGGAGCCAUGUUUUUCUUUUACCACCACCAACGACAACAACUAAGAGUGUAUGGAAGAUUUAAGAUGCCUCAAUAAAAAUAAAUACAAGAAAUACAGUUGGUUGCUAAACACGUAAAAACCUGCACAAACAAAAGCAACACACAAAACGUUGUCCAUCUACAAAGAAAAUAAAGGAGAUAAAUGCUCAGGAUUUGUUUUUGAUUUUUUUUUAAGUCAACUAGUGUCAGCCAUGUUUUUUAUGCUGCCCGUAGUCUCUAGAAGCAGAAACAGCUGAUCAGCCAUGGCUUCAACAAUGAUUAUUUUCAUUAUUAAUACAUAGGAAGUAUUUUUUUCAACAAUACAUUUUUAAAGGACCUUUGAUUGUGCUCCAAAUAAUUCAGUUAGUUGUUUGUGUUUUACUUCACUGAAUUUGUGUACAAUACCGUUGAAAAGUUUGGGGUCACUUAGAAAUGUCCUUAUUUUUUCAGAUCAAAAAGGACUAGAAAGUAUAAAAGCUGUUAUGUGGAGAUGGAGAAAGUGCUGAUAAAUUCUAAAGUAAAAGUACUGUUACUUUAUUUAAUUUUCACUCAAGUAAAAGCUAAAUGCUUGAGUGAAAACUAUCACAAAACACAAAGGUUUUCAUUAAUGUUUGUAAGUUAUUAAACCUCUAAUGACGUUAUGUUCAACCAACAAACUACACUGAGUUUGAGGAAUCGGUUUCAAAGUGUUGAUUGCAACAUAUUUGAUGCCUGGUAGCAAAAACACAAGUUUCAGAUUGUAUUACAUUGUGUGUAAUGUACCGCUUUCCCAAAAUAUGGUUAAAAACUGUAAAAUACUGUGCUUCUUUCUCAGCCAAACACCAAUAUCUCAUUGUGAUUUACAUCCAGCACUGGUACCAGUGCACAGAACAAAGAAAAAAGAAUAGAUUUCAAAAGAAUAUGUUUCUGAGUAAUGUUGUGAACAGACAGACAGACAGACAACGGAUAACUCUACCACGUUCCUUGGUGGCAUAAAACUCACACACACACACACACAGACACACACACACACACACACACACACACACACAGACACACACACACACACACACGUGUGUGUGUCUUGCUAUCAUUGUGGGGACAUACCAUUGACUCCCAUUCAUAUCUAACCCCUAACCCUUACCCUAACCCUAACCUUAACCAAACCCUAACCCUAACCAAAACAAUGCCUAACCCUAAAGAAACGUUUUUGCACUUUUACGUUUUUCAGUAACAACAACAUGGCCAAGAAAACACUGUUUAAACUUGUGGGGACCGAAAUGAGGUCCCCACAAGUGACAUAAUUUUCGGUUUUCCUACAGUUGUGGGGACAUUUGGUCCCCACAAUGUAGCAAAAACAUGGGCACACACACACACACACACACACAUAUAUAUAUAUAUAUGAAUAUUUUUAUUUUGGCAUUUUAAGUCUUCCAUAAAAGGUCCCUAAAGGUUUUUCCAGGAAGCUGAGUUUAUUUAAUCAGAGUUAAUGAACAUCAACGUGUCUUUUUUUUCUUUGAAUCAGUUUGUAAUGAUCGUGGAAGGCUUCACUGAUCCUGCAUGUCUGUGUAAGCAGCUGUUUGUGAGUGUUGUUGCAUGACUGAACAUAAACUAUAUGCAAGUGCAUUUCUGGAUACUGAAUGUGAAGCUCAUCUAAUGAAAGCUGUGUUAUCGAUCUGAUACGCUGUUUACUGUCUCACCACCAAAUCAUCACUUCUGAUGCUUUGCACAUGUUCUGUUUCUGUUUCGAUGUGCUGCUGAAGUCAAACACAGACUGUAAUGACUGAGCAGUAUUUGUCUGAGUAAACAUAUUUCUACACAGA